ACUCGGCACCGUUUUCAAGCCCAAUUUAUCAAAUGCAAUAAAGCAUGGAAAUCGACAAGGAAAAGACAAAGGGGAAAAAAAAAAGAGUUGGUAAAUUUCUCGUUAAAGUUAACAAACUGAUUUCCUUUGAUUUUUCCUUCCUCCCGCUCGCGGCUCGGCUACGGUUCAGAAACCGCCAAUUCCAAGUUUUCCGAUCAAUUUCCCGAUCUGUCGAGACAUUCAACUUAUCCUGAUUGCAGAAUCUUGGGUUGAGGCUGUCAUUAUUUGGACUGAAGGUCAUGUGCCGUCAAAAUUCAUGCUUACAUUUGUCUGCUGAGGAGUCAGAUACAUCUGUAGAGAAUCUCUUACUAUAUUGCAAGCCUGUUGAGUUGUACAAUAUUCUUCAUCGCCGUGCUUUACACAAUCCUUCAUUUCUUCGAAGAUGUCUGAAAUACAAAAUACAGGCAAGGCGUCGAAGGAGGUUGAGGGCUGGAAUUGUAAUUUUCAACUAUAAGGAUUAUGGCAAUAUGCUGCAAAAGACUGAAGUAACUGAAGAUUUCUCUUGUCCAUUUUGCUUGAUGCAAUGUGCAAGUUUUAAGGGUCUGCGUUAUCACUUGUGCUCAUCCCAUGACUUAUUCAACUUUGACUUCUGGGUAACGGAGGAGUAUCAAGCUGUGAAUGUCUCAGUGAAAAUUGAUUCAUUAAUAUCUGAGACUGUGGCAAGUGGAGUAGACCCUCGAGUAGAAACUUUCAGCUUCUGCUCAAAACCUCAAAGACGUAGGCCUACAAACCCUCUUCAGAGUGAGAAGAAUGUCAAUGUACAAUUUUUGGAGUUGGACUCGCCCAAAACGGCCUGUAAAAGCGGGCAAAAUGGAUUUCUGGAGAAUCAUGAUGGUGAGAGGGCUUCCAAGUCAAUUCCUAUUGGGAAAGAUCUGCAGAAUGGAUGGCAUGGUGUGGAAAACUAUGUGUCUGAUUAUACUAGUACAACAGAGUGUCUUGCACAGGUUGCAACUAGUUGCGAUGGUCCAGGAGUUUCAAUUGCAAUGGCUCAUUCUCCUGUGGACCCUGACUGUAUUAAAUCAUUAUCUGGAAGUGAUACAGUUGUUCCUCCUGCGAAAACAAGGAAAAUAGUGGCAGAACGAUCUGAACCUAGGAACCGCAUGCUCCUGCUGAAACGCCAAUUCUUUCAUUCACACCGAGUUCAGCCAAUGGCAAUCGACCAAGUAAUGUCAGAUAGAGACAGUGAAGACGAAGUUGAUGAUGACAGUGCUGAUCUUGAAGAUCGCAGGAUGCUUGAUGAUUUUGUGGAUGUUAGCAAAGAUGAGAAGCAGCUUAUGCAUCUUUGGAACUCAUUUGUUAGAAAGCAAAGGUGGGUUCUGGCUGAUGGUCACGUUUCAUGGGCUUGCGAGGCUUUCUCUAAACUCCAUGGGGCAGACUUGGUCCAAUCAGCUGCUCUCUUUUGGUGUUGGAGGUUGUUCAUGAUCAAACUUUGGAAUCAUGGUCUUCUUGAUGCUUGCGCUAUGAACAACUGUAGCAUGAUUCUUCAAAGAUGCCAAAACGAGGGAUUGGAUGUUAUGAAAAGCUGAAACAUCAUGUACGCAACUUCAGCAUUAGGGUUUAGAGAUAAAGAUUGUGCCCCAUUCAUUCCUUUUCCAUUUUUUCUAUUACAAUUUUCUUUUAUUUGGCUGGAACCGGUUCUCGUAUAUUCUUUUUCAAGGUAGCUAAAUGCUUCCUUCUCAUUGUUGUAACAGCAAAUACGAUACUCAUGCUGGCUCUAGCUUCAAUCUUUUUAAGAUAAAGAACUGUCGAUUUCAGUUUCAUUUUCUUGCUUUGAUUAUGUUGCCAGCCAUAUAGUUUUAGUGGCUGAAACUAAUAAUGAUCAAAUUAGAAUUAUAAAGACAUACAUUAAAGUUUCGACGCUUUAAAUUGAGUAGAUUUAAAAUUAAAUAUAUGUAAUGUAAGUUUAUGUUGUAAUGUAAUUAAGUUGAAUAAUGAGGCGGUAUUAAAGAGUAUUUAUUUUUAAUAUAUGAGAUCAAGUAGACAAAGUGAUAUUAAAAUAAAAAAAGAUGUAAAUUGUAAGAUUUAAGCAGGACGAUGGAAGUGAUAAAAUGUAUCAAAUAUAAUGGAAGU